AUGGACAAGGCAGAUAUCUCCCAUGUGGAGCUUGCAUGUGAUGAGAAGCCAUCAUCAACGCCCGCCGGUCUCGUUGCUCUGUACAAGGGUCACCAAGUGGUCUUGAUUCCCACACCUUCGCCUGACCCUAGAGAGAUUCAUUUCCUUCAUGAACGAGGCCGAAAGAUUGGUUGGUCCGUGUUCAUUCAGAACAUCACCGCCGGUGUGUUCUUUGUCAUCUCAACAUACAUGGUCAAUGCAUGGGGCUGGCGAUGGUGGCACGGCUUCUUCAGCAUCCUCAAUGCCGUGAUUUUCAUCCUGUCGAUAAAUUUCGUAUCGGAGUCCCACUUCGACCGACCAGAGGAGGCAAUGGCAGGCGAGCCAUGCUCGAAUUCCACCGACGCAGACAUUGAAUACCCCCCUCGUCGCUGGAAAGAUGAUCUCAAACCAGUCGUGAUGUCUCCACGUCUUCACGAGAUUCCAACUUUCUACAAACAAGCCCUCCAAGGGCUCCUGAUUCCUACCACACUAUGGCUCCUUCUAUUGAACGGAGCUCACCUAGGCGUCUAUGUCUUCGAAGCCUCCACAUUCGCCAACAUCCUAAUGGCGCCACCAUACAGCUUCGCCUUUGAAUCUCUCGGGUACGUGCAGGCCGGUCAAAUCGUAUGCUGCCUAAUUUUCCUCCCACUACUGGGGUAUGGAGGCGACCUGAUCAUUCGUCUCUUCACGAAACACAACAAUGGCCUAUACAAGCCCGAGUACCGUCUUCCCAUGAUUGCAAUCCCCGCGAUUGUGGGAAUCGUCUGCGGGAUUAUAUACGGCCAAGCCGGUGCUAACCCUCGCCAAUGGAGCGUGGCUUCUGUUGUGGUAGGUUACAAUGCUAUUUUCUUUGCGUUCUUGGGCGCAAACAUUGUCGGUAUUACCUACGCAGUUGACAGCUUCCCAUUUCGGGCGGCGUCCUUUCUUGUGGUGAUUUGUGCCGGAAGAGGAUUUAUCUCCUUUGGACUGAGCUAUGCUACUCUGCCGGCUAUUGAAACCUUGGGUUACGAUGGUACGGAUGAUUGUGGAGGAGGUCAUUGUGCGGUGUUGGCGCUUCUUGCCAUUCCCAUGUUUUUUCUUCGGGCCUAA